AUGUUGUUUGAUUGGCUGCAAGAUGUUCUAACCUGUUGCGUUUCCAAUUCUCCAACCACAGCCGCCACAUCCGCAUCUGCAUCCCAAAAAAUCCCACCACGUAAACGCGGCAGACCGAAGACCAAGGUUGAGGAUCAAACGCCCAAGCCGAAGCUCCUUGACAAAUUGCAUGCAGCGACCUUGAACGAAGAGGCCAGUGAGCCGGCUGUGUACGCCUCCACAACGAAGGGCGGUGUAAAGCUCAUCUUUAAUGGCCACCUGUUCAAGUUUUCAUUCCGCAAGGCGGACUACUCGGUGUUCCAGUGCUGCUACCGGGAGCAUGGAGAGGAGUGCAAGGUGCGGGUGGUGUGCGACCAGAAAAGGGUAUUUCCUUACGAGGGCGAGCACGUCCAUUUUAUGCAGGCCAGCGACAAGAGCUGCCUGCCCUCGCAGUUCAUGCCGGGUGAAUCUGGAGCCAUAUCCUCGCUGUCACCCAACAAGGACACCAAGGUGGAAAUGCUAAUCAAAAAUACCACUAAGCUAGAGGAUGAAGACGACAAAGAGGAAGAAGAUUUUGAGGAGUUUGAGAUUCAGGAAAUCGACGAGAUUGAGCUAGAUGAGCCGAUCGCAGAGAAGGUGGUCGCCAAGGAGGACGAUGUAGACCCCAAUGAUUUCCGCGAAAAGAUUAAGAGACGCCUGCAGAAGGCCCUGCAGAGCAAGAGAAAGUGAAACGGAAUAUGCGCUAAAACUUCAAAUUAUACUUUUCAUAUUUACUUGCUGACAAGGAGGUGGACUCCAAUGAUUUCUGAAAAAGAUCUAUCUUCGCCUACAGAAGACCGUGCAGAGCAAGAAGAUGUUACACUGAAAAUGCCUUAGAGCUUCACUUUAUACUUUCUAUAUUCAUUUGGGUUCUAAAUACCCUUACUAAGUACUAAAUAAUUAAGUUUUUAAUAAAACGAUGUCAAUAAAUCAGAA